AUGUCGACGAAUAUUCAUUCAUCCGAAGAGAAAACGAAUCUCACUACAUUUUCGAAUAAUUUGAUGAUUAAUGAACAUCAACAGAUCGAGCAUUUUCUUACCGGACAACAACAAGACUUGUCAACAAGUCACGCGAAAGGAGCUUCUACAUUAAGCCAAGCUGUUCAUGCUGCACUUGCUAAUGUUAUACAAGAUCCUUUAAUUACUGCCACAGGUGAAUCGUCCUUAACCAGCCAUCAAUCGUUGACGGGGGCAGGUGAUUCAACAACGAAGAGUUCGAUUCAUUGCGAAAAUUGUUCGAAACUUCGACAACAAUUGACACUUCUCAUCUACGAAGUUUUGAAUCUGGAAAAUACCAUGGAAUCGAAAAUUUGCGAAUAUGUCCAACGGCGAUUGAAUGAAAUCGCUAUCUCAGAACAAAUGACACCUAUCAAUCGAAUGAAACCAACGGAUUCUCCAUCAGCUAACAAUGAAAAUUUGUCAUCAAAUAGCUCAACCUGCAAUUACACCAUGGCUCAAAACAACAAUCAUGUCGUUCUAGACAGUCAUAAUAACAAUAAUUCAACUGGAAGAGCGAGUAAAAUUCUCGAUAAUAUGACCAAUUCAGUGAAAUAUCGUGCAGAGCGCACUUUGACAUUUGAAAGUGUACUUAUCGGUGAUUCGGCUUUGAAAUACCUAGAUCCAGCUCGAUUUGAUGUCGAAAGGAAAACAUACAUCAAAACAAUGCGUGGCAAACGUGUCGCUCAAGCAUUGGAAUUUGUUCAAACAACGCGUUUUAUCGGUACAAAGAAAAUUAUGUUUCAUAUCGGUGCAAAUGAUCUUAAUCGCGAUAAAUUAAGCGAACAGGAAGUUAGCGAACAGAUCAAGGAAUUGAUUGUUACAACCAAGACAGUUAGUCCACAAUCUGAAGUGUAUGUUUCGUUGAUCUUCCCUCGUCAAUCCAGUGAUGAAAGUCGAAUGAAAACCGAGAAAUUAAAUAAUCUAUUGCAAGCCAUGGCGUCACCUGAAUUGAAAGUUUUCAUUAUUUCUCAUCCAAAUAUUUCUCAUGAUAUUCGUGGUUGUUUCGAAGAUUCGUCACAUUUAUCCAAAGCUAAAGGCACAAUUCUAUUCGAAGAAAAUAUUAAAAAGGCAAUGGGUUUGAAAAAAUCUUCCACAAGUCAACAACGUUUAUCAUCAAUUUAUCUCAAUUCAGCCAAACCUUCUCCCGCACAACUCCCAUUGGGACUAAAAUUUUCCAAUACAAACGCAAAUUCCAAUAUGAAUAAUAAUGCAUUGAUUAACCCAAAUAAUCUUGUUAAUAUGAAUAUGUUGAAUGCGAAUGCAUUAUCUGCCUAUUUAUCAUUAUUAGUCGGAGGAUUUCGAUCUUCAUAA